AUGCUUUCGUACCACCCCAAGAGUGGGAAAGCAGGCAUACGAAGGGGCCUCCGCGCUGAGCACCAACUCCUCCCAGUCCCACAGUCGGGCUCGCACCGCACCGGGAGCAAGGCGAUAGAUGUCCCGGGAGGCCCUUACGCUGUACCGCGGCUCCCGCAGACAGCGUCGCUGGAUGCUGUGCACAAGACACUGGGGACCAAGUGCCUCUUGACCAGGCCCUUUGAGCUCCAAGAAGCAUAUUACAGGCCAGGAGACCACCUUUUUGGUGGCAUUUUGCCCCACCUCAAGACCACAGUUACACACGUGUCCUUUGAAAAACCUCCCAGGAACAGCCAUACUCCACGCCCGGUGCCCAAAAACUAUCAGCACAUCCUGGCCCUCGUGUUUGCCAUCAGUGAGAUCAACAAGGAUCCGGCACUCCUCCCCAACGUCACGCUGGGCUUCCGCAUCAUUGAGGACACUUACUUUGCAAGAAUGACCUACCAGGCAGGCCUGUCCUUUCUGUCCACGGGGGAUCAAGUGGUCCCCAACUACAGAUGCAGCAGACAGGAGAAGGUGCUCUCUGUCAUUGGAAGUCUCUACUCCAGAAUCUCAAUGCAGAUGGCCUCCCUCCUGGGCCUCUUCAAGAUCCCACAGCUCGGUUAUGGCUCCUUCAGUCCUGUUCUGAAAGAGAGGAGCAUAUUUCCUUCUUUCUACCGGAUUGACCCCAGUGAAGUCCCACAGUAUUCGGGGAUAAUCCGCUUACUUCUUCAUUUCCACUGGAACUGGAUUGGGAUUGUUGCUCCGGAUGAUGACAGUGGAGAAAACUUCAUCCAAGCCCUAACACCAAUGCUUGACCAGAACAACAUCUGUGUCGAGUUCACUAAACGGACAUUGUCUGAAAUCUCAGUGUACCAUACAACUGCAUACAGAAAUGUGAAUCUAGCUAUAGCUGUCUCGGAGGCUAAGGCCAAAGUUGUGGUUGUCUCCGGCGACUCAAAUGCCAUACGGAAUUUAAUCCUACCCCUUAUGACAUACAAAGCUAAGACUAAGACGUCUCUUGAGAAGAUCCUUGCCUCUUUAAGGAGUACCCAGUUCAACAACAGUGCUGGCGAGGAAGUGUUUUUCAGUGAAAAUGACGAGAGAUCAGCUGGCUAUGAUAUUCUGAACUUGGCUUUCUUCCCAAAUCAAUCUUCAGCUCAAGUGAAAGUUGGAAGGAUGGAUCCGAGGGGCCCCCCAGGCAGAGAAUUCACCAUUAACACAGAUGCAAUUGUUUGGGCUACCCAGAAGAUGCCCUCUUCCAGGUGUGUGGAGAGCUGCUCGCCAGGGUACAGCAGAAAAGAUAUAGAAGAAGAGCCACCUUGUUGUUAUCAAUGUGAACUUUGUCCAGAAGGGACGAUUUCCAACCACACAGAUGCUGAUCAUUGUGUCCCAUGCCCAGAAGAUCAAUAUCCAAACAAGAACAAAGACCAAUGCAUCUCCAAGAACAUAAGCUUCCUUUCCUAUCAAGAGAUUUUGGGGAUUGUUUUGGCUUCUCUUGCUCUUUUUCUGUCUCUGAUCACAGCCCUAGUCCUGGCAACUGUCAUUAAAUAUCGAGACACACCCAUCGUCAAAGCCAACAACAGAGAACUCACCUAUGUCCUCCUCAUCUCCCUCCUGCUCUGCUUCCUCUCCUCCUUCCUAUUCAUUGGUCGACCUACAAAGUUCACCUGCCUUCUGAGACAAAUUGCUUUUACUGUAAUCUUCUCUGUUGCCAUUUCUUCCAUCUUGGCAAAAACUAUCAUGGUGGUUGUGGCCUUCAUGGCCACUAAGCCAGGAAACAUGGCAAGGGAGCUGUUGGGGAGACAAGGGGUAAAUGUCAUUGUCCUGGCCUGUCCUCUCCUGCAAGUUAUUACCUCUGCACUUUGGCUAGGAACCUCUCCCCCAUUCCCCAACUUGGACUUCCACUCCUUGGGCAAAGAGAUCAUAGUGGAAUGUAAUGAGGGGUCAGUCGUCAUGUUUUACACAGUAUUGGGAUACAUGGGAUUUCUGGCCCUGGUCAGCUUCAUGGUGGCUUUCCUUGCCAGGAAACUACCUGACAGCUUUAAUGAAGCCAAGUUUAUCACCUUCAGCAUGCUGGUCUUCUGCAGCGUGUGGGUCUCCUUCGUGCCCACCUACCUGAGCACUAAAGGGAAGUACGUGGUGGCCGUGGAGGUCUUCUCCAUCUUGGCCUCCGGCGCUGGUCUCCUGGGCUGCAUCUUUCUUCCCAAAUGCUACAUUAUUUUUUUGAGGCCUGAUCUCAAUAGCAGAAAUCAUCUCCUAAGGAGCAAGAAAUACAGGAACCUAAAUUUUUGA